GUUUUUUCCCAUCUUUUCUUAUUUACUUUUUAUCAAUUCAUAUUUAUGAUUAAAUCUAUUUCUUCACUUCUAGACGAAGAGUCUAACGAAAGAAUACAUAAUAAAAAAAACUAUAGCUGGUAUGAUAAAGACCCGGGAGAGUCUACUCCUUUGUUAAAUAUUACAACACAGAAAAGCUCUAAAAAAAAAGCACUUCAAAUUAUUGCUACAAUAGCAAUUUGUGUUUUUAUUAUCGUCUUAGGGACUCAAUUUGUCUAUAAUCCUUUCAAGAAAAAAUCAGAAAAAUUACCACAGCUAACAGAUGCUGAAAAAUUUAUACUAGAAUUCCCUUCCAAUACUAGUAUUCGUAAUUAUCUCAAAACAUAUACUUCAGAAGCCCAUUUGGCAGGUACUACUAAUGAUAAAAGACAGGCUGAAUGGACACAUGCACAAUUCCAAAGCUUUGGUUUACAAUCCGAGAUCGUAACCUAUUGGCCUCUUCUCAAUUAUCCAAUUGAACGCCGUCUAGCGCUCAUUUCUGGACCUCCCGAGUUUCGAUUUGAAGCCAAAUUGAGAGAGGACGUUAUUGAGGAGGAUGAGACAAGUCAGGAUCCCAAUGUUAUUCCAACCUUUCAUGGCUACUCAAAGAAUGGUACAGUGAGAGGUCCCGUUAUUUACGCUAAUUACGGUCGUCUCCAGGACUUUCAGUUCCUUAAGGAUCAAGGUAUCCCAUUGAAUGGUACAAUAGCUCUUGUUCGUUACGGUGGAUCUUUUAGAGGCCUCAAAGUACGUGCUGCAGAAGUCUUUGGAUGUGCAGGUGUCCUAAUUUACUCUGACCCUAUUGACGAUGGACCUGUCGACAAAAAGAAUGGUGAAUCCUACCCUAACGGUCCAUGGCGUUCUCCAAGUUCGGUUCAACGUGGCUCUGUUCAAUAUAUAUCAUUAAUCACUGGGGAUCCCUUAACGCCUGGCUAUGCCGCUACAGAAAAUGCAACACGUAUUCAACCAGAGGACUCACCGGGACUUGCUAAAAUCCCUUCCCUUCCACUUUCAUGGGAAGAUGCGCUUCCACUCCUCAAAGCUACUCAAGGGCGUGGUAUUCGUGGUGGUAGUGAUGAUGAUUGGUCUGGAGGCUUAAAAGGAGUGGACUAUUUUAGUGGUCCUACAGAAGGUGAAGUGAUCAUGAUAAAUCAUAUCAAAAAUAAAAUUACACCUAUUUGGAAUGUAGUAGCACGUAUUGAUGGAUGUGAAGAAGGUAAUAGAGCAGUUAUUUUGGGCAACCAUCGUGAUGCCUGGGUGUACGGUGCUGUAGAUCCUUCCUCAGGUUCUGCCUCAUUAUUGGAAUUGGCUCGUGGGUUUGGUCAACUACUCAAGAUAGGAUGGUGUCCACGAAGAACGAUUUUGUUAGCCUCUUGGGACGCUGAAGAGUAUGGCUUAGUUGGCUCUACAGAAUGGGUGGAGGAUAAUCAAGAAUGGCUUAAACAAGAGGCUGUUACAUAUAUCAAUGUUGAUACAGCUGUUUCAGGCUCACAUUUUAAAGUAGCGGCUUCACCUUCCUUAAAACGUCUUUUAUAUACCAUGACAAAAUAUGUAAAGGAUCCCAACUCGAGUAAGUCUGUCUUUGAUGUCUGGUCAACUGAAAAUACUCUGCCACAUAUAGGUGAAUUAGGGUCUGGCUCUGAUUUUGUAGGAUUUUUGGACCACUUGGGUAUUGCAAGUAUCAGCAUGGCUUUUAAAGGUGCUUAUGGUGUUUAUCAUAGCAACUAUGAUAGCUUUCAUUGGAUGGAAAAGUUUGGUGAUCCACAAUUUUUAUACCAUGAGACACUUGUGAAAGUAUGGGGUUUAAUAGCCCUACGUUUAGCUGAUUCGCCUCUAUUGCCUAUUCAUCCUAUUGACUAUGCACAAAAAUUAAAUGAAUAUGUAAAAACCCUAACACGGUACGCAAAACACCAAUAUAAAUUUUCCAAACUAGAGGCAUCUAUUAGGGAAUUGAGCAAGCAGGCAGAUCGUUUUGAACGAUAUUUAAAUGAUCAAACCAACGAUAAACUAACCUAUUUUGAACGUAAUUUUAUUGAUGAAGAAGGUAUUAAAGGGCGUGAAUGGUUUAAGCAUGUAGUUUAUGCUCCAGGCCUUUGGACAGGUUAUUCUUCUCAGGUCUUUCCUGCUAUUGUGGAAGCUAUAGAUGCCAAAGAUAAAGAUCAAAUUAAAUAUACGGAAGAAAGAGCUGUCUUAGCAAUUCAACAGGCUACUAAGAGUUUACAGCAAUAAAAAUGUUGGUUUUAACUUUUAUUAUACAAGAAAAUAUUAUUUGUUUGAGAAAAAUAAUAAAAUAUUCUAUACAAGAUGGUAUAUGUAAAACUACUAAAUCCCUCCUCCUCUAUUUUUUUUUCUUUUUUUUUUUCUUUUUUUAGUAUAAAGUAGAAGAGGGCAUAUUUGAUCCUAUGUUUGUU